GUUUCCGUCAUUAUCGUUGCUUUGUUUCCGUCUGUGCACUCCGGUUCUCCAGUAUCAGAACCCUCCGCUCCACCAAAUCCAGGACCAGGACCAGGCUCUGCUAUUCUUGCUCGGAUGUAUCGCGCUCCGAUUAGACCUCAGCGGAGUCCCGCAGCUCCUCAGGCGGCUGGAAGGUAUCCUUCCCCGUCUCCGUGUUGGGGCUUUCCCGGAGCUCGCUCCCCGUACGGAGGUUCCGGACACCGCGGAGGUUCCCCUCGGGGCUGCCCGCCCUGCUCUCCCGGUUCUCCCGUGUACUCCCCGGACUCCCACCGAGGGUACAUGGGCGCUUCUCCGGGCGGAUUCGGCGGGGACUCGCGGAGCUUCGACGGUCAGAGGCGGCGCAGAGGAGACGGUUUCAGGCGGCCUCAGUCCUUCUCUCCCUGUGGAACUCCGAACCUCCAGUCUUCAGACGCUUCAGUGGAAAAAUAUUUCAGUCCAUCAAUGAUGCAGGAUCCCUGGAAAAGUCUGCAGCCAAUCACAGCCGCCGCCGUCAGGAGGACAAUGUGAUGUAAGCAACAACAGACCGACAGAAACAACAACCGACGGAAACAACAACCGACAGAAAUGACAGACAGGAACAACAACAGACGGAAACAACCACCAACAGAAACAACAACCAAUAGAAACAACAACAGACAGAAACAACAACCGACAGAAACAACAACCAACGGAAACAACCACCAACGGAAACAGACAGAAACAACAACCAACAGUAACAAUAACCAACGGAAACAACAAGAGACAGAAACAAUAACUGACGAAAACAGACAGGAACAACAACCAACGGAAAUAAAAACAGACAGAAACAACAACAGACAAACAACAACCGACGGAAACAACAGACAGUAACAACAACAGACAGGAACAACAACGGCCGAAACCACCAACAGAAACAACCGACGGAAACAACAACCGACAGAAACAACAACCAACGGAAACAAGACAGAAACGACCACCGACAGAAACAACCGAAUGUAACAACAGACAGAAACAAUAACUGACAGAAACAACAGACAGAAGCAACAACAGACGGAAACAGGAACCGACAGAAACAACAGACGUGACGACAAAGUGAAAGUCGUCAGCAAGAAACAGAUCUGAGGUCUGAGUCACCAGCAGCUUCAGGGAUCAAUCGCUUUGAUUUGAUGUUUCUAAUGAUCAACUGAUGUGUGAACACUUUUUUAACCAUUUUUUAUUCACAGUUUGUAAAAAGAAAAAUUAAGUUGUUUUUUUGUUAUUUUUGUUCUUAUUAAAAGAACAAAAAAAUGUGCUUUAAA